ACGCGAGCGCGCGCCCCGCCGCGCGCCCGCCCGCCGAGCCUGGGCGCUGUGGCGCGUGCGCGAGCGGUGCAGCACCGGCCGCGGGAGCAGGGAGUAUUAUGGGCUGUGGGUGCCGCUGAGCAAGAUGGAGCUGUCUGCAGUGGGCGAGCGGGUCUUCGCGGCCGAAUCCAUCAUCAAACGGCGGAUCCGAAAGGGACGCAUCGAGUACCUGGUGAAAUGGAAGGGGUGGGCCAUCAAGUACAGCACUUGGGAGCCGGAGGAGAACAUCCUGGACUCGCGGCUCAUUGCAGCCUUCGAGCAGAAGGAGAGGGAGCGUGAGCUGUAUGGGCCCAAGAAGAGGGGACCCAAACCCAAAACUUUCCUCCUGAAGGCGCGGGCCCAGGCGGAGGCCCUCCGCAUCAGUGAUGUGCAUUUCUCGGUCAAGCCGACCGCCAGCGCCUCCUCGCCCAAGCUGCAUUCCAGCGCUGCUGUGCACCGGCUCAAGAAGGACAUCCGCCGCUGCCACCGCAUGUCCCGCCGCCCCCUGCCCCGCCCAGACCCCCAGGGGGGCAGCCCCGGCCUGCGCCCGCCCAUCUCACCCUUCUCUGAGACGGUGCGCAUCAUCAACCGCAAGGUCAAGCCGCGGGAGCCCAAGCGGAACCGCAUCAUCCUGAACCUGAAGGUGAUCGACAAGGGCACGGGCGGAGGCGGCGCCGGGCAGGGGGCCGGGGCCCUUGCCCGCCCCAAAGUCCCCUCACGGAACCGCGUCAUCGGCAAGAGCAAGAAGUUCAGCGAGAGCAUCCUGCGCACGCAGAUCCGCCACAUGAAGUUCGGCGCUUUCGCGAUGUACAACAAGCCCCCGCCCGGCCCUCUGCCGCCCCCGCCAGCCACCAAGGCCGACAUCGCCGCCUCCCCUGGCCAGGGGCUGCUCCUGGCAGCUCCCAGUGCCCCGUACGACGCCCGCAGCUCCAGCUCCUCCGGCUGCCCUUCGCCGACCCCGCAGUCCUCCUCCGACCCGGAUGACGCGCCCCCCAAGCUGCUCCCCGAGACCACGAGUCCAUCUGCCCCCGACUGGCGGGAGCCCGAGGUGCUUGACCUGUCCAUCCCUCCCGAGGCGGCGGCCACCAGCAAGCGGGCGCCUCCCGACGUCACUGCGGCUUCCAGCCAGGCCCUUCCCGCGGCCCCUCAGCCUGCCGGCGCCGCCUCAGAGCCCGAGGCUGGAGACUGGCGCCCUGAGAUGUCACCCUGCUCCAACGUGGUCGUCACCGAUGUCACCAGCAAUCUCCUGACGGUCACUAUCAAGGAAUUCUGCAACCCUGAGGAUUUCGAGAAGGUGGCUGCUGGGGUAGCAGGCGCCGCAGUGGGGGGUGGCAGCAGUGGGCAGAGCAAGUGAGGGGCUCCACCAAGGAGGGGGGUUUGGGGGGCCCUCCUGCCCAAAGUCUUACUCUUGCUCCCGCCCCCGCCCCCGCCCUCAGACAACCCUGCCUGUGCUUUGCUUGUUUCAAAUGGCUCGGUGUUGACCCCGGGAUGGGGCUGGGCAGUUGGAGCCCCCUGAAGCCCAGUGGGAGGGGCGGUCCUGGAACGGGGUGGGGCUAGGGUGGGGCCAGGACACUGGGAAGUCCUCCCUCUUGUCUCUUGGCCCCCUCCCUGCCCAAGCACGGUGGGGCCUGCUGGGUGGCUCCUGGGGAGCCCCGGAACUCGGGGUUCAGCUGCCCCCGCCACAUCCCAUCUCUCCCCAGCUUGCUUCCAGCUCUCGCGCACAGCAUCUGAUUUCUCGGUGCUAACCCGGCAGCUGCUGGGGCCCCCUAGGGGACCCCUUCCCAGCAUGGGCACCGUCCCUUUCCUUCCUCCAGAUGCCUGGGAAGGAGGGGCAGGGAUGGGAAAGCCCGGACAGAGGUUGAGGUGAAGGAGGCCUUGGCCCCUCCCCCCCACACCCACGAGGGCGGCAGGAGCAGGGCCCACUUUCGGACGAGACCCAAGCAGGCCCCCGUGGGCCUCACCCACCCAUCUCUUUCCUCAUCCCGCGCUCAGAGGCGGGAGGGACUGGCACGGACCUCACCUGCCACGGCCUCCCAGCAUCUAAAGGCCCCUCAGUUCUCGACCAAAGGUGCUACAAGAGCCUGCUGCGCGGACUUCCGUUUGCGCAUGCGCCUGCCGUCCUGGGCGGGUCUGCGUGGAUCCGUGUGUGUGUUGGCCCCUGGGCCCGGCUCUCGAGGCUGCGCCCUUUAGGGUUCCUCACAGUAAGGUCGUCAGAUCGAAGGCCUGGAACCCUCCCUUGCCAUCAGCCGGGCCUGGGACCUGGCCGAGGUCUGAGGAGUUUGCUGUGGAGGCCGAUCCUCCCAGCCCGCGUGUGCGGGGGACACGCAUCCCACGCCCUUCUCCUUUGGGGCGGUCAGACGUGGCAUGGUGGGGACCGAGGCAGAGGGGAGACCCCCGUCCCAAGCUUCCUCUUCCUCCUGUGUGUUCGGGGGGAGUAGGAAGCCUGGACACCGUUCCGAGGGUCUCCGGCCCCCUCUCUCUUGCUUCUGACCGCCCAGGCUUUCUCACAGCCCAGCCGGCCUGAAGCAGCUCGAGACCUCUGGUGCCCUGGGCAGCUUCUCUUUCCUCUGCUGCCAGGGAGCUGAGGUGUCCAUGCCAGUGGCAGAGACCAAAACCCCAGUUUUAGGCUGGGCACUGGGAGGGCAGGGUGGCCGAAGCGGGGGGGACGGAAGAGGGGGCCUGUGUCCUUCAGGAGAGCAGGCACGUGCGGGACCAGGGGUCUGGUGGGCAGGGGAGACAGCCCUGCUGGCCAGCCCUGAGGCGCUGCCCGGACUCAGUUUGCCAUGAGUGGCGGGUCCUUGCACGUGGCUCAAGGUGGCUUCCUGGUGUGUGGGCUGAGAGCCAUGAUGGCAGAAAGGGAAUUCCAGUUUGGAAACGAACGCCUUGGUCCUAAGCACGGGAGGACUGUUUCUUCCGAAUCUCCCCGCCAGGGAUUGUGGCAGGGCCCCUAACCCUCCCCGUCCCAGGAUGUAGAACGGGGGCCGUCACAGGGUUUGGGGGACUGGUGCUCCUGGACCCCUCCCCCCCCCGCCCUUUGUGUUGGCUCUGUGGCCGUCCAAGUGCCAAUUGGCUUCCCCCCAAAUAAGGGCUGGUAUUUCUCCUCUGUCCUUAGAGGGGAUUUCCCCCCCCGACCCCCACCCCAGGUGAGUGUCCACCUGGGUGCCAGUUACAGGUGUUUCCAGAGACCAUAGAAAUGUGUUUUCCUGAGAGUCCGUGUCAUUCGUGACUUUUUUUGUAAAGAAGUUGUGUUUUCAGAGGUGAUUUUAUGACAGGAAAGUGAAAGAAUUAGUUUUGCAAAAAACAGAAAAAAAAACACAAAAAAAGAGGGGAAAAAAAGAAAUAGAAAAAAAUAUUGUGGGAUUCCUAUGGGGUUUGGGGGGGUGGGGAGAAAGAGAUAUUUAAAGAAAAACUAGUAACGCAGUGAUUGCACAGGUGAGGCGGCAAUGUUAGGAACGUGGAUAGAGGCCCAGGCCCAGCUGGGAGGCUCCCAGGCACAGCAACUGCCCUCCUUCCUUGGCCCGAGGCAAGGUAAGCCCUCCCUCCUGCGCUGGGCCCAGACUCCACACCUGUCCCCGCUUGAGGGGAAGGAUGACCCCUGAUCCCAAGGGAACUUGCCAGAAGCUGCAGGGGCCAGGCAGAUAGAGCUGAGAUUAGGGGACGUAAGAGUCAACAGGGGUCCCACCAUCACCGGGACCCAUCGUUGGUGACUUUCUCCAGGAAGGCUGGUGAGUAGGUACAGUUGGGUUCCUUGCUUUCCUCCAUUUCUUUGCCAGCCUGUUGGGUGGGCCAUAUGGUCCCUCCACCGCCACCCCGUGGAGGAAUCUCCCUCCCCAUCGCCCCAAUGACCAAGACACCCCCGAGCUUCCCUGGCCAGGUAGGGGAUGCAAGCUUCAGGAAGACAGGAGCUAUGGACUGGGAGAGUAUUAGGUGGUGAUCAGAGGGGGUUGGGGGUAGCUGUAGGGAGAGGGAGUGCCUGCCCCUUCUCUUUUCACAGGGAGGGUGCUGCCCUCGACCCCCAGCUGUGCAGCCCUGCCCCAGCCCACGCAGAGGCACGCAUGCACACUGCUCCCAGGUGGGCAGCUCCCCUGAGGGCCUGAGUGGGCACCUGGUCAAGCGCAAGCGGAGCCCUCCUUACCUCUCUCCCAGGGUGGCUCUGAGCGGGGUCCCACAGCCCCCCAGCACACGCUUGCACAGAUCAGCCUCCCAUGGGCCCUUCCUCCCCCAUUGCUGCUUUUCCGUUUGCCUAUUACCAAGCAGAAGUUGCAGUCUGGUUUGCUUUAUUUUUAUAUGUGAAAUACCCCUCAAAGCCGGAUCUUCUCCCAUGUUCAGUAGUGGCUGGGGUCAUCUCCCCCUGAUGCCACCCUCUCCCCACCCCCAUGUCAUAGGAAACAGAUGAGGUCUGGUGUCUCUGGUUUGAGGUGGGAAGUUGGGACCCAUUCCUGUCUCAUUCCCCUCCCAGAUCCUCAGUUUGCCCUUCUGUGAAAUGGGUGUAUUGGGCGACACAGCUUUUUCAUAAAGCACUGCUGGUGUCCAGGCAGCUGCUGAAGAUUAGGUGGUGGUCGAGGUUGCUGGCACUGGGGCCUCCAGCCUCCCACAGUCCCGUUUCAUUCUCACCCUGCAAAGCGGUCAGGGUCAAAAUGGGCUUCAGCCUUCGUCUGCUCUGGAAAGAGGUGAUGAUCAAGUCCCCAACCUCAGUGUGAGGCAGGCAGAGUGGGAGGGGUCACCCCACUUACAAGACCAGGAAACUGGGGCUCUGAGAGGCAAAGCUGCUUCACUGGAGCGAAGAGCCCAGCUGCUCUGGCCUUUUGGGGGAAGCCUCUUUAAAAGGUGGGGACCUGGGCCUUGGAGCCACUGCAAAGCCAGGGGGUACCCCUGAGCCAGGCGGUCCCGGGUGAGGAGUCAGCCCAGAGGAGGAAACCGUUAGCUCGGGGAGCUGGGCUGCCACCAGCCUUUCUAGCCUCUGGGUGGACCCAAGUGGACGCACCGCCUUUUCUACCUUUGGGGGUUUUGUUGGUUGUUUUUGGUUUGGUUUUUUUUUUGGUUUGUUUUGCACUUGGCCCACGCUGGACAGUGGAACCCGCCUGGUCAGUUCCACUUCCAGGCUCCCAUGCACUAGCCCAAGGCAGCCUCUUGAGGGCUUGUAUGGUUUAAGGAAUCACUUUUGAAAAAAGAAAGAAAGAAAAGUGUUUAAAGGUUUUCAUUUUGUCUCUGUCUGCAUCUCCUCUCAGAUUCAGAAAGCCCAGAAUUAGGGGCUAAAACUCUAGGAGAGGGGGUGUCCCCAGCCUGACCCUGUCUUGCUGAUAGUCACCAAGACUCCAAAAUAGGGGGGACAGGCUGGGUGGAGACUGAGGCACCCACUUCCCAGGCCUGUGGGGUCCCCCAUCCCGCCUUGAAGGAGUCAGCACCCCACUCCAACAGUGACUGAGCGCCUACUGUAUGCAGAGCUCUGGCUAGGCAGAGGGGGGCUGGUGGUCUAACGAGGGACCCCCUUGCAAGAGGCCACAGUAGAAGGAACCAAGGGUUCUGGGUCUUCCCCCUGCUGUAGGGCGGAGUAGAGAUGGAGACUUCUUGUUGUUGGUUUUAAUUUAAAAACACAAAGGCCUAAAGAAAUGUAUCUUAUAAUUUUUUUUAAUUUUUGAAAAGCUCAUUUAAUGAAUUGUGCACGAAUGAAUUCUAUAUAUAUAAAAUAUACAUAUAUAGCUCUAUAUUUGGGGAGGGGCACUGUCUCUUUUUUCUCUCUCUCAUUUUAAAAAUGAAGUGUCGUUGCCUUCGUCUGUGGUUCAACCAUCCAGCUCCCAGCUGGCUAAACUUUGCCUCCAGUGGUUCAAGACAGGAAACUAGUAGGGUGAGCAGGAGACCGGAGAUGGGGACGCCGCCUCAGCGUGGGGCUGGGUCCCCAGGCCACAGGCCCCUCUCCCAAAGGUUGCAGGUGGAGAAGACGCCUUGUGUUGGGUGUGGCUUUUGGUUCUGUCGUGCCGGGUUCGGUUGUUUCUGGGCCGGGGGAGGGGCGUCUGUGCUGAUUACUCUGUCUUGUAUGUUUCGUUCUGCUGCUCUUCAAUAUCGUAUCAAUGCCAGGAAGGGGGCACGAAAAGCCUCUUUUGCCCCCCCCAAAUAAAUUGUCACAUUCCGAAGCUAAGGUCUA